AUGUACUACUCACGGACCUGGCUGCUGGCGCUGCAGGCGGUGUUGCCGUGCGCGCAAUGGCUAGCUCCGGAAGGUCUCGGCUGGCAGAAGAUGGACAGCGAGCCUCCAUGGAAGCCCCACACAGGGAGCAUCGCAGCCCCCUUGUCUGAUGGCAGCAUGCUAUUGAUCGGUGGGCAGGCAGGAAGGCACGGUGGCGGCCAUUUCGAUUGCUUUAACUGCACCAGUGACGUGUGGCAAUUUAAGCAUCAGAAGGCCGAGUGGAUUGACCACUCCAAGGAUGUCCCGUGGGAUCCACGAUGGGGCCACUCCGUUGUCACUCAGGCUGACGACACGGUUUGGCUCUUCUUCGGCUGCUGCGAGAAAGGGAAGCCCACAGUGAUGUUGCGUGACGUUUGGAGCUUUAACCCAAUGAAAGGUUCGGCCUGGAGGAAGAUUGAGUCGCCGCCUCCCUUCGAAGGGAUUCAGGCGACAUCUGCAGCCCUAGCAGGCUCCGACGUCUGGUUCGUCGGCGGCUGGUCGCAGCAACGUGGCACGCUGUCGCAGGUGGUGGUCUUCAACCUGGAGACGCUGAAGUGGACCAUGAAGAGCCCGCAUGGGGCUGCUCCAUGGGACUCGCGGGCAGAUCACGCAACUGCCAUCUCUCCGGAUGGCAAGUGGCUCGUUAUGUUCGGAGGGCAACAUGCCAAAGAGGGCGGCAGGAAAUGGAACCGCUGUGAAGACACCUGGCGCGUGCCUCUUCCCAGUGCCAAACCCUCAGAAUGGGUGCGACUGGGAAACCUCGCGGCGGCACGGAGCUCUCCCGGCGUUUUUGUCCUCCACACUGGUUGGCUGAUGACUUUGGGAGGCCACUGGACUCCAGAGACGGAGCUCCUCUCUGCGAAGGGGCCUGAAGACAAGGACGGCGUGGCAAAGCACCACGAGGAGACGGAGUUCCGCACCUACAGUGACGUUCUGGCUCUCAACCUGAAUGCCGGCAGCAAGAAAUGGAAGGUCGUGGAGAAGGAGGCACCCUGGACCCCCAGGGAUGACGUCGCCGUAGGUGUUACGACAGAUGAUACCAUCCUGAUCUUCGGUGGCGGGACCUUGUAUGGUGGCGGCGGGUACCUCCAUGAUGUGUGGAAGUUGGAGAAGGCGUCUGCCAAGUUUGGCCUCCCGCUUUCCCACGACGAACUCUGA